CGUACAGCGCAUGCGUCACUGAAACGGAAGCAGCGCUAACGUCUGACUGUCCGAAAGGCACUGAAUGAAAACGCACUGAUUUCAACUUGAAAAUGAAUAAAUUUCUACCUAACUUGUUUUUGCUAGCGUUGCUAGUGUUCCCAGCGACUGUGCUCCUGAAAGGACCGCUGGUACAAGCUCAAGAUCUGACUGAGGAUGAGGAGGCUGACGCUGUGGAUGAAGAUGUGGUGGAUGAUGUGACGGCUGAAGACGAAGACAAUGAAGCUGAGGUAGAGGACGAUGAAAACGUGGAGCUGACGGAGGAAAAAGAAGAGGAGGAAGAAGCUUUGGUUGGAGAGGUGAAGGCUUCUCCCAAUGCUGACACCACCAUCCUCUUCGUCAAAGGAGAAGACUUCCCCGCCAACAACAUUGUCAAGUUCCUGCUGGGCUUUACCAACAAAGGUCCUGAGAACUUCGUGGUUGAUUCUCUGGACGCUUCCUUCCGUUACCCGCAGGAUUACCAGUUCUACAUCCAGAACUUCACGGCUCUCCAGCUCGGCACCGUGGUUCCUCCUGGCAGGCAGGCCACCUUCGAGUACUCCUUCAUCCCCGCGGAGCCCAUGGGAGGCCGGCCGUUCGGACUGGUCAUCAACCUCAACUACAAGGACAGCAGCGGAAACAUCUUCCAAGAUGCUGUGUUCAACCAGACUGUCACCAUCACUGAGAGGGAGGACGGGCUGGAUGGAGAAACGAUCUUCAUGUACGUCUUCCUCUCUGGGCUGGGCCUGCUCGUCAUCGUUGGGCUUCACCAGCUGCUGGAAUCCAGAAAGAGGAGGCGUCCGGCACAGAAGGUGGAAACUGGAACCUCCAGCCACAACGACGUAGAUAUGAGCUGGAUCCCCGCAGAAACUCUCAACCAGAUCAUGCAGAGCCGCAGAGACAAAGCGUCUCCCAGAAGAUCUCCUCGCAAAAGGAACCAGAAACGCUCGGCCGGCUCGGACGAAUGAAGGGCGCCUGACACGGAGGAGUGGAACCCUCAACCGCCCUGAGAACUGAGCUCUGUCUGCUGAGAAACUGAGCGGUGCCAAGCACGGCGACGGCGGCUCCACCUAAAACUGUUGAACACCAACGCAGCAGUCUUUGUUUCCUGACGCAUCACACGAGUCCAUGAGCCUUUUAGGGACUUUUUUUCUUUAAAGAUCUUUGUUUUUUCAGCCUGGAUGAAAGAACUGCUGAUGUCAUCAUUGUGCGACGGCUUUGAUUGUUUUGAUGUUGGGCUGAAACUGCCCACAAACUGCGGAUCAACGCAAAACUCUUUUUAUGAACAUUUUGACGCAGAUCUUUCAGGCUGGGACUCUGAAGCGCAGUAAUGCCAACAUAUGCAGUUCUUUUCAGGGUCUCCUUUUUACUUUUAUUGACCUCGUCUUGACAUUAUUUUGUAACUAAAACUGAUUUAACCGUUUGGGGGGGAAAAACCAGAAGAAAAUGUUCCUGAUCUGGGCUGAUGGGGGCACCUCUGUUGUAUUAAAGUUUGGUUCUGACCUGCCGAUUUUUCUUCUGUCCUCUGGUGUGAUGCUGCUUCAAAACGAGAAUCGUUUCAGUUUGAUCAGCUUGCCUCUCAAAUCUGAUUUUUGUUGUGAAAGAAUUUGCCUUCUGAAGAUGAAAUUGGAACAGAAGUUUGUGUAGCAUGAAUCAAAGCUUCAUGUUUAAGAUGAACGCGUGAGUCUGUGAGCCUUCAUGAUGUCUGUCUUCUGUUUGUGAAUGUCGGCUGGCAAAGGCACUGCUGUAAAAUGUUGCUGUAAAAGUUGAUGCCUGUGAGUUGCCACUGGGCGGCGCCACUGGGUCUUAUGUGUGGAGCCUUAGACGGACAGCUCUGGUUCUGGACGUCAGUCCUGCAGGUCGGCGGUCCCUUCCCUGAGCUGACUGGUCUUUUUGUUUCUGGGAGCUUUUGUUUUCAGCUGAUUUUUAAUGACAGGAUAAUAAAGUGAUUUGCUGUAA